AUGAAACAUGCUAAAGAUUCUGACAAUGUCGAUCAGCCUAAAAAUGUUUUUACUAAGCAGCAAAUAACUGAUAUGAAAAAUAAAUGCAUUGCUUCCCACUCCCGUCGUUAUGAUGAUGCUACUAAGAAAGCCUUGCAGGACAUUGAAGAGCGUGAGAAACAACUUAAAGAACUUGAAAAUAAGCUUAGCAUUUUUACUGAAAAAAAUAACUCUGAUGAUUGUAAAAACCUCUUAGAUAAUUUAUGUGACGGCCUUCAGACUUUCCUCGGCUUCAACUCUGAGUCCAAAGGCUACGACGGCACUGGGAUUGUCUACUCUGACCUUGACAGGCUGUGCGACGGGGUUAUGGGAUUUUUGUAUCAGGUGCUAAAGGAUGUCAGCGAGAAACAGCCUUACAGUGUGGGUAAAACAAUACUAAUAGAGAUUGUUACUGAGCUUAAAAAUAAUUUAUCCACCGGGCGUGAGGGUUUUAAGUUCAUUGCGCAGGUGGCGGGGAAGGUGGGGGAGUAUAAUGAGAGAGUUAAGCAGGGGAACGAUGAUGUAAAAAAGCCUAUCAAUGAACUACUUAAACGGGUCGGAGAACACUUCAAAACUGAGGUAAGUAAUAUAUUAAAAGAUAAUUCUGAUGCAGGUGAUGAUCAUGAUUCGUUCAAUGAUGUGGAGAGGAUGAGAGACAAGAUUGGAGACUGUAUGCAUUUUGCCGAGAUAUUCUGCGGUAAAAUGCAAAAGGCAAAGGAACACAUUGCAGACCUUAAUAAUAAUUGUGGUAUUCAUGUGAAUAGCGCACUUAAUAGCAUAACGUAUGCCUCAGCAAAUCUUCAUGACCUAUCUCAAAAAAUGUGGAGAGACCUAUGGGAUAUGGAAGACAAAAUCAGUUCAGCACUUGAAAGUCUGAAGUUGUGCGUAAAAAAGCAUAUAGAUUCACAAGUCAGUGGGCUGGUUGAGCAGUUAAAGGGAUUGAUCCAGAAAAUAUUAGAUCAGCUGAAGCACAUCAAUACGCAACUGACUGUAUAUAUUGAUUCCUUGGAGAAAUGGAUGAAGGAACUGCAACGGGUGAUUGAUGAGGUGCAGCGAACACAUGUUAACAAAAUUGUGAAUAAGCAAUUGGGUACACAAAAUGAGAUACGUAUAAGAAAUAUAUCGGCGGAAAUGGAGGAAUCGAAAGUUAAUCUGGAGAAAUACAUAGAUGAGGAUAUGAGGCCUGGACUUACUAAGCUGGUGGAGCAAGCAAAGUUAAAAGUCACGGAGUUGGAAGGAGCGUUGAAGAGAGAUUUGAAACAUGUGAGAGACAAGGUUAAAGAUGAAAUUAUGAGGUAUGUUCAAAAGGCUCGUAAGGAGUUUGAGGAGAUUAAAAAGAACAUUGGUGAACCAAACAACGCCCCCGGUGUGUAUUACAACUGGACGAAGCUUAAAGAUGGAAUAUGGAAGGAUCUGGAAGCAAUAUAUGGUGAAGGAAAAAACCAUGUUGUGACCAAUUAUAAUGGUCUAAGACAGAUAAUCGAUGGCGUGAAGACGUAUGCCGAAAAAUUCGACGACAAGGGGAGUGACACAUUGGAAAUGGUGGUAUGGCGUUGGAUAAAAGAUAUACUUAAUCUGGAACCUGUUAAAGGUUGGCUUGAUGCAUAUUUCAAGUAUAACAAAGGUAUAGGUACGAGUAGUAAUCUGCGGUUUGGAAAUAUUCCACAUAAGGGGAAGGAUAAUUUCGAUGCAUCCGCUAAAAUAAAUAGUGCAGCGGAUAUGCAUCCUAAAGUAAUCGAGGCUAUAAUGAAUACGCUACGUCAAGAUAUUGCCAAUGCUGGUGCACAGGUUACCAAUCAUAUGAAGAAAGCGGAAGAGCAAUCGAACUCAAAUAAAAAGAUUGAAAUAUAUCUCAGCGCAGUGGAAGUCGGCAUUAAGCGUUUUGCUGAUUCAGUUCAAAACAGACUUAAAAAAGAGAUGGGUGUCGAAGGAAUUGAUGUUGGAAAGAUUGUUGCAGAAAUUGGAAAUAAAGUAAAAAAUCCAGCUGCAGCGGAAUAUAGGAGUCAUACACUCGACGGCAUCGUCGAAUCCACGAUCGUAACGCUCUCCCAUACCGCCAGCCAGGUAGCUGCACAACUGGAAAAGUUUAGAAAUACUUCGAACAUUGCCAACUUGCAUCCAGCGAUGGAGAAAAUUGCACACAUAGCAGAUAUACUCGAAAAUAAUCCCGGUAAUCAUGGCAAAGCUAUUGACUCAGCAUUGCAUAACGCGAAGCGCAACGUUGAUGCGUUAUGUAAAACGUUAAACGAAAUACCUUUAACGGAGCUAAACACAAGUUUUCCGGACGAAUCAUUUUCGAGCCAUGAGGUGCAAUUGCCUAAGCUUCAAAAUUACGCAACGGGCAUCGGAGCCAAUAAAUCAGGAAAGAAGAAAGAGCUUGAAGACGUUCUCACAUUCAUAUUCACCAAGGCAGCAGAUCUGGACAUUAAUGAGACGAAAAUGAACCUUGUGAAAUGGUCCACCGAUCUUAUAACCCAUAUCGAUGCUUUCACAAAGGAGAUCAUAGAGGUCGGGAGGGGCAUAAAUUGGAACCUGGAUAACAUAAAAAAUGGUAACAUCGGCUAUCUCCUCACGGAGAUCAAGAAUAAUAUUCACAAUCUGAGACAUACGAAUUUGAUAAAUGCAAUGCAGUCCGCAUACCGGUUUAUUGAUUCCGACGCCAACAGUUUGCGUGACACAACGAUUGCUCAUCUCAAUAGACUUGUGGACUACGAGGUAUAUUCCGCCCUCUCCACCCUCACCACCGCCGCCCGCCGCAACUACGUCUCCUCCAUCAAAUCGCUCCUCACCGCGUUCGCGGACAAGGUCGGCCAGGAGUUGCGGGAGUUGCCGGAGGAGAUUGAUGCGGAUCUGCGGAUCGGGUUCAAGGGGUUUAUGAAGACGUUGGAGGAUGGUGAUAAGUCACUUACGGUGACGGGAAAAGAAAAUAUUAAGAAACUUAGCGAACUUGCAAAUCAGUUUGCGUCUGGGUACACUCCCGAAAACUUCCGGAAAUUGUCCGCCGGUUUUCGCAAAUUCUAUUUGCCGCUGGACGCUUAUGUUAGAGGUGAAAUAACCAAUGUAAACACUGAGGAAAACAAAAAGAAAAACCCUCCAGGGCGAGAUACCAAUGCGUAUGUCGACACAUUCCGCCGUGUAGGUAUUGCACUUACAGGGUUGUUGGAGCACAUUAGCAAUGAGAAUAGGUACGACCAUAAGGUACAUGGGCUGCUCGAAGAUCUUAAGACGGCAAUAUCAGCUGUGAAACCGGAUGACUUCUCCAAGCCAAACACGCCGACGAUGGACAGCGUCGCAGUGGGACUUAGUCAUUUCAUCAAGGAGCUCGGGAAUGUAUACGUAUCGGCGUACGAUGAUGCGAAGUUUGCCGGAGCGUUGUUGGAUGAGUCUGACAAUCCCGAAACUUCUAAGCUAACCGACUACGGUCGUAAGUGUGCUAAGGUAUUUGCAACGUUACUUGAGAUAUGCAAUUAUGAUAUGAAACAUAUUAAGGAAGAAUGUGAGGUUCGUUGGAGGGACAGACAGAUUUGUCUCAAGUCGAAUGAUGACGACAAGAAUGAUCUAGGAGCGUUCCUAAAGCACUGCGGCUACGGCGUGCCUAGCAUGGAACGUGUGCAGGACAACGAGCUGCAGUGCAAAGACAGUAUGAGAGGUAAACACGUUUACGGUCUAUUCACGAACGAUAAAUCACCGCCAACUAUCACCGAUGAACAUCACAUCAAAAAGUGCGUGCCUAAAGACUACAACUAUAGCGUGUUAGAGUUUGCUGAAUGUCUCAUGAACCACCUCAAAGAGUAUUACCAAGUCUGCCACUACGAGACUUCAACCUCUACCAAAUAUCCUUCCAAUAUCAACCAAAUGUUAACGUGGCUUAGUGGCCUACCUCACAGCACCGUAUAUGACAAAUUGUACCUUAAUGGAUUUGCUGACCUGUUCGAGAAAAAGGAUAAGGAAGUCGAGAACAGUGACGGAGGCAUCACGUUCGAAAUCGAAGGUGACGGAAGCGACGGAUCGUCUAUCGCUGUUAGCACCAAAGAUGAAAAUAAGUUGGAAGCCUAUCCAGUAACCAUUACACCCGCAGGUCUUUCAGACAUCCUUGCAGCGGUAUGCUCCGGUGCCCACGACGUACUGACCAGUGUACUUGGUCAUGGUCACGCAGGCGGUCGUUAUGCCUGUGACUUUAACACGAACCCCGAUAAGUUCUCGUAUCCCGCCGACAUGGUAACGUUAGCAUGUUGGCUGUAUGAUAUCCUCAGACGUGUUCACCAUCAACUGUAUUUCUUGUACCAGCAGUGUUAUCACAACACUGAACGCAACGGUUGGGCUGAGUGCUAUUACGGCCGGUACGUCGCUGGAUCAUCAUGGGUUUGCAAUCAGAUGCAGUGCCCUGACCAAACAUGUGACCAAAAGUGUAAGCAAACGUGCAACCAAAUACAUAACCAAAUAGGUGAUCAACACCCUAGUUGCGGACUAAAGUCGCCUUUGCAAUCGUUCCUUGAAGACGGGUUGCAAGGCUUCCUGCCGCAUAGUAUCAAAUUUGAGAGGGGAAAAAUGGAAUGUUCGGUCAAAGGUCAUUUCAAUUUGCCGUGUAAAACGCCUAUGGGCUUCGGCAAUAUCAGCGAUAUGGCAUCACAUACGCAGCGAGGCAGGCAUAUCUACGAUGCGCUUAAGAGACUCUGCGGAGAUGAACGGUCUCCUCUCCCCAAGCUCUGCGGUCAACUGAGCUGUCUUUUGCCAAGCGCUCCCAAAACACUUGACGACAUGUUCGGUUUUUACUACCGAUUGCUCAGAGGGUGGGAUAGUGAUUACCCAAGGCGCCAGCAGCACAGAGAGACAGCUUUGGAAGGUGCUGUCAAAGAUGCCAACUUCGGGAAUGAAGAAACCAAGCUGGACGUCACUAAAAUAUUUAAAAAGAACGAUCAUGCCUCGAAGGAAAAUAUGACACAUCUCACCGGUGACCUCUACGCCCUUGUCGAUUGCAACGGCAUGUCAUCAUCUGCUCCAUCUCAUCCUUGCGGCCGCUAUAUGCGACCAAUAUGCCAUGACAUGUGCGGUACCUUUACAAAGGAGAACGCCGAUAAGUACUUGUCGUGGAUUGUUUACUGCACAGGGUCCUUCCUUGAUUUGUUGAAACAGCUGUACGAGGAAUGUAACAAUAAUUGCGCCGGGGACAGACCUAAGUGCCGUGUCAGCAAAUGUAAGAAGACUUGUAACGCACUAGAAUCUCCUAUGGCUCCAGGCUCUGCUCAUGAUGAUUCCUGCAAUUCUAUCGUGAAUUGUAGAUUCAUGCGACCCACAUUCUACAAAUAUGGCUUGGUACUUGGAGACUGCAAAAGUCUAUCUGCCAAGACGACAAAGCGCACGUGCAAAGAUUUGUGUAUGGUAUUGAAAAGCGUGACCAACGAGGAAGAAUCGGCUCAUCAUCCGCUUGCCGAAUUGGUUUACAGAACUAUUCCCAAUUUCCUCUUUGCCAUACGCGCCCCCUUCAUCUGGACCACCGUCGCCCUCUGGCUCCUCUCUCUGUUGUACCUGCUCCACAUCAUGGUCAUCCGCCUCGACCUGCUCCACAUCAAAUCGCAUUUGCAUAGUCCCUCAUCACAUCGCAUUGCUGCUCAAUCACUACUCGCCGCAGCAAGGGUUAACAAGCUUAAUAGGGUGUUUUACCUGCAACCGUAA